UAUAAAUAUAAAUUUCUCUUUACCUUCUACCUCUUCCAUGGUUGAUGCUAAUCAUUUCUCUCUCUUGUUCUUGAGGUUGAUUCGAAUCAAUUUCGUUAUUUUUCUCUCCAAGACAGAGUGAUUGUGAUCUCUAGAGAAACGUAGCUGAUACUAGGCCAUCGUUCUCUUUUUGUAGAUAUUCUCUUACAAUAAUCAGAAAUUUGAAGACCCAUGCUUCAGUGUAAAUCACACAGUGAGAACAUGUUUGACGUGAGCAAGAAAAGAAAGUUACAGGCAGAUCAAUUCGGCUUGCCUUUCCCAAAGCAUAAGUGCUGGGAUAAUCAUUCAUCGCCCAAAACUCUUCCAAUGUUGGAAGAAAACCAAGAAGCAGAAGACUUAAUUGCAAACGAAGUUAAGGAAAGUGAUGCGAGACAUGCUAUGGAGGAUGUGUCAGAUCUUGAAUCAGCAGAAGAUAGUAACAGCUUUGUUGGAGAUUCUGACUCUGCCAUGUCUGUAUAUGGGGAAGGGGAAGUUAAAUUUGAAACAGAAGUUUCAAAGCUAGGGCCUUCUAAUGGGCCCUCUUCUUCAUUGUUGAAUUGGGGCCAAAGCAAUUGUAAGGAUAUUCAAUGUUCCUUGAACAGCGCUACAGCAACGUCUACGGGUGGUGCUGGCAAAGAUGAACCUGCUUUUGUAGCAGGGGAGCAUGAUCUUUACCAUUAUGAAUUACGUCAGGAUCUUGAUGAGCCCAUUGUAGAAUUUGGAAGCCAUUUUGAUUAUGCUUGCUCUCAAGAUGGAAUUGACAGCAUUGAACCAUGUAUAGAUAAGGAGCUUGAUGAUAUUUUAAAUUCUAAUGGGGUUAAUCCAAAUGUGUAUGUCCUAUCUUCUGGAAGAUGGAGUGUUAACCAAGGGGUGGUCCAUUGAUAAAUCCACCAAGAUGGCAGGUAUAGGGGUUGAUUCUGCAUAAACUUCAGAGGUCAACUAAGUCCAUGGCAGGGAAAGGCAAAGUGCGCGGGUCUUAGCAGAAGAAGGCAAAGCUCUGAUGAUGGCAGAUCAUUUGGCUGCAGGCCUUGAAGUCCAGAGAGCAAGAUUUUUCAAUGGUUCCUCUACCUUGGCAGCAGCUUUCAAAGGCCAAGAGCCCAAUGCAACACGGGAUGUCAGUUCAACUGGAGCUAUUACGGGUGGUUUGACUGUGGUUGGGAGAUUAAAUUUUUUAAAAAUAUUAUUAAAUUUUUUUUUUCUGAAAAAUAUACUUUUAAAUUUUCGAUUAGAGUUGAGGCCGAGAUUGAUAGGUUAAAAAGUGUCUUUUAGAAAAUUAUUUUAAAAUUUUAGGCAAACGCCUAUUGUAGUCUA